AUGUGGUCGCGCAAAUCCACGCAGGGUCUGCAUGGAUCUCAGGGUAUUCCCGGGGUUAGAGGAGAUCCUGGGGAGCCAGGAGGAACUGGAGCAUCAGGUGUGAAGGGAGAGAAAGGACAAAAGGGGGAGUCAAGUGGAAUAGCUGGAGGUGGAUUACCAGGGAGGAAAGGAGAGCCUGGAAUCCCUGGAAUACCGGGUCGGCCAGGUGGUGAUGGGUUAAAGGGACUCGCUGGAACACCUGGACAGGAUGGUCGCCCUGGGAUACCAGGUACCCCUGGUAUCUCCAUUAAGGGAGACAAGGGGGAUCGAGGAGACAGGGGCCUCCCAGGAGUAGGCAGUGGUGUAGCGGCCAAAGGGGACCCCGGAACACCAGGGACAGCAGGGCUUCCAGGUCCAGCAGGUCCAGCAGGACUUCCUGGAUUAAAGGGGUCCAAAGGCGACAAGGGUGAGGGCACGGAAGGUCCGCCUGGCCCCGCUGGAGUUCAAGGAGAGCCCGGGGAUCGAGGUCCAAGAGGGCCCGCUGGAGAACGAGGAAAUAAGGGUGACCGGGGCCAAGCAGGACAGCCAGGCAUCCAAGGGGACAGGGGAGAGAGAGGACCAGUUGGGCCCCCAGCAGAGAAGGGGGAGUCUGGUAAACCUGGUACUUCAGGGCUGCCAGGACUCAGAGGUUUGCCAGGGCCCAGUGCAUCUCCAGGAGAGAAGGGCAGCAAAGGUGAACCAGGAGAGCCUGCAGGUGGUGGUGGCGCCACUCUCCCGGGGAGGAAAGGAGAGCGGGGAGAGACGGGCCUCCCUGGCCCUGAGGGAGCAAGAGGAGAGAAGGGCGAGCGAGCCCUGAAAGGAGACAGAGGGCUCCCAGGGGUCGGAGUACCGGGACUUGUUGGAACCAAAGGAGAUCAAGGGGAUCGAGGUGACCGUGGUGAACCAGGGGAGGUUGGGGAGGCUGUAAUGGUGAGCGUGGUGAACCAGGGGAGGGUGAGCGUGGUGAACCAGGGGAGGGUGAGCGUGGUGAACCAGGGGAGGGUGACCGUGGUGAACCAGGGGAGGGUGAGCGUGGUGAACCAGGGGAGGUUGGCGAGGCUGGCAGGAAUGGGUCUCCAGGGCCAGCAGGUGCGCGGGGGAAAGAGGGCGAGCCAGGGCUGCCAGGGAAGACGGGGGAUCGUGGCGUGCGGGUGA